AUGUCUGAAAUGGUAUCCGGUCAAGCAAAGGGACCGAACAUCACUCUCGAUAACUUGGCCCCCAAUACUUCUUUAUCGCAAGACAUCUCAAGAUCCAAUCCUGGAAUCCUUAGUGGUGACCACUCCACACCUUCCAACGGACUCAAUUGCACUUCAAAUGCUCCAACGGUACUUGGGCCACGGAGUCGUGGUGUCACCGAGGUUCCACAACUUCCCAUUCACACCGUACGACGAAAGCUCAGAGGCAUUCAUAUUUUCAUGAUUGCAAUCAAUGGCACGCUUGGAACAGGCCUAUAUGUUCGAAGUGGCCAAAUUCUUGAACUUGGAGGACCAGUUGCGGUCGUUCUGUCAUUCAUUGCUCUUGGUAUCCUGGUCUGGGCGGUUAUGCAAUGUAUCGCUGAGCUUCUAUGUCUAUGGCCUGUACCGGGUGCAGUGCCCUUGUUUGUCAAAAAAUUUGUUGACAGAGAGCUUGGUGAUGCUGUAGGCAUCGCGUAUUGGUUCACCUACUCUAUCGGAUUUGCUGCCUUGAUCACCACUUCUGCUAGCGUCCUAAACUUCUGGACUGCCGAUAUGGAGGGCUUCACUGAAGGGUUCGUAUACGUCGCUUUACCGAUAACACUCGUGGCAAUCAAUUCAGUCAAGGUCGAGAUAUAUGGUUGGCUCGAAGUCGUCACUGGUAUUAUCAAGCUAAUUUUCUUGGCUAUAAUUAUCAUUUGUCUUAUUUACAUUGGGUCUCUGCGUUGGAAUGCACCUUUUGAAUACGAUAAUAAUGCUGCCAAUGGUUGGUUCGAGGGCUUUAUGAUGUGUCUUUCAAUCGCUACUUUUGCAUAUGCUGGCGUUGAGAACAUUGCUGUUUCUGUCAUAGAAGCUCGCUGGCCCUCAGUACCAGAGAGACCUCGAUCAUGCCAUGGCUCAUCAGAGGGUCCUACUUCAGAAACCUCAUCGCCUCCUCAACAAGGAACAGAAUUAGCUUCAUCUCAUAGAGCUGUCAAAAAGACACUCGGGUUUACAGCUGUUUUCCUACCGAUAUUUGUUGCCUUUGCUUACACUAUCAGCGGACUCCUCGUCACUCUAAGCCUCAAGAGAGAUAACUGCGGCCUGCAGAGACUUGCCUCGGUAAAGGACAAGAACUGCACAGAGCCAGACCCAAAUGAACGAGGAUUCACAUACUCGCCUUUCAUCAUUGCUGCACAGGACUCGAAGAUUGACAACCUAGAUAAUGUUUUUAAUGCCUUUAUCGUCUUCACAGCGCUUACAUGUGCAAAUACAAACUUAUAUAUUGCGUCAAGGACACUAUUCGGUGUGACGCGGAAUAUUCGUUCUAAGGAGUAUGUACCAAGACUUCUGUCCUGGUUUGGCGUCACGGACCGCAACAGGGUGCCGCUGCGGGCAAUGGCUAUUUCCGCUGUAGCCUUUUGCUGGGUCCCAUUUCUCCAACGAAAAGAGAGUUUUAAUACAGGGUCGACACUAGGAAAGUUUGUCGAGAUCUUAGUUCAGAUGGGGUCUGUCAGUGUUGUCAUUGUCUGGGCUUGUUUAUGUUUGGCAUAUAUCCGUUACUAUUAUUGUAUUCACAUGUUUCGUGAUGCCUUGGCUAGGGAAGGAAUACACCUGGCACGAGACCGCGAACAGGAAUCCGGGGCCUAUCCGUAUCAAAGUUACUGGCAACCAGCCCUCGCCGGCUUUGCCUUUACGGGCUGUUUAGUCAUUCUUCUGAUCUGCAAUGGAGUCUUUUUGUGGAAACAAUUUCACAUAAUCCCAUUCUGCUCUGGAUAUCUGACGGUGAUCGCGUUUCUGGUGAUCUGGGUCGGGCUCAAAGUCUACAAAGGAGUUUGGUCGCCUUGGAGCAGACUAGAUGCGAACAUGGCUAUCAAUAUUAUCAAGGAUCUAAAUGAGCUACGUGACAAGUCACUGCAGCAGCCUGCGGAUGGUUCUGAAUCUCGUUGGAGUGCUUUCAAAAGAGCGUUGAGGCGGAGGGGGAAUGGCGCCAAUUGA